AUGGCUCCUCCUUCACAUAUGGCUCUUCUGAUGAUCGUUCUACACAGCAAGUUGCAUGUCGCGCUGUGUGGUCCUACGCGCUCCCACAACUUCAACCACAUUAUGGCAUGGAGAUUACAGGGUGUCCCAAAAGUUCGUUCCUCUACUUUAUAAGUCUGUAACGCAGUACGAUUGGACUUGAUCAGCACAUAAUUUAAACCAAAUUUGUGACUUUCAAUCUGAUUUAAUAUUUCAAACUUCUUGUGCCAUCUUUUGACUCAAAAUUCUCUUUGUGUAAUUUCGCGCCAAAGGUGCACUGCCCUAGUAUAUUUUCCCGCCAUAUAUUUUUUGCAUUUUGUAGCCCCAAAUGCUUGAACUCCUAAUUUGUUUUCCAUGUGAAUAUCCUGAAAGAUUAAACCCUCUCAACAAAAAAGCACUCAGCUAAGUGCAAGCAGAAGCAUGUUUUUCUAUCUACUGGCUUAUCAGUUAAACAAAUUCCUUAAAAAAAUGGCAAAAUCCGAAUGUUGGGUGGUAAGAUGGUCAUCGAGAAAUGAAGGUUUUACAGACAAGAAACGAGGGGUAAGACCGAAAGUCCUGACUAAAACCGCUAAAAUAGUUUUAAAAAAGGCCAUGUACAAAACAGGAAACCCAACGAGGUAGCUCUUACAACAGUUAGUAAGUUAAGUCUGGAGCAGGUUCAUGAAAAGCAAAGUUGAGAGACCCCUGAGAUGGCAAAAAAAAGAAAACUUUACUCCAGGCCAGGGCCGUCCGCCAAGCAACGUUCAGCUAGUCUCAAAUUUGUAAAGAGAAUAAAAGAAUUACUGUGGAAAGGGGACAGAAUGAUCAUCUUUUCGUGGAUCAAUGCCCAAAAUAUAUUGUUUCCGCUGCCUUAUCUAAAAAAUUAUAUUGUUUGGGGUAAGAGGUGACUCCUGCAUACUAGGUGAUAAAAAAGCUCAAAAUGAAUUAUCUAGGGCUCUACAUGCUACAUGGCUUAUCUCACUUAAUGCCGCAACGGCUACAGAGUGAGAUAAAAAAACAAAGUGGGGAUGCCAGUAACUGAACUUCUGAACACAAGUACUCAAUGGAGUAAGAAAAAUAUUUUAGAAACUUCAUGUAAAAAUGAACUUUCGAUCAAAAGUUAUAGCCCAUGAAAUUAGAAGAACGAACUUUUGGGACACCCUGUAUAUCGAACUAGAACUUCCACAAGAUCUCCCUCCAGACUCGCUCCAUGCUUUGGAGCCCUGCUCCAACAUUUCUCUGGUCCACCUAGCAACCAAUUCAGAGCUGUGGCCCCCUCCUGGCAUUAUUUCUAGCGUGGCAGGAAGAAUACGAAUCCCAAACUUGUCAGGCGAACCCAUUCAGCUUAAACGAGACCAGCACUUUUGUCAGGUUACCCUCAUCUUCACCCUUAGUACUCAUGAACAGCCUCAACACACCGCAGACCUCUCUAAGCAGUCAAUCAACCUGUUGCCUUCUGUAUCUGGUACCAGCUUCUCAUCAGCUGUUCACAAUGACCCAGACAAUCUCUUGCAGCCCAAUAUGCAGUCGUCAUUUCACUCCCUUCCAAGUGACUUUGAUUCUGUUUUCGAUCACACAAUCCAAGGUUAUAAUGGUGCCAUUGGCCCUUUUGAGGCUAGAGUGAACAUGGGUCCAGUUGAACCACCACAACGAAAAGGCCGUUUGCCUCAGUAUGCGCGGAGCAAACUUGUGGACCUCCAAAACAAGUUUGACGAGUUAGAGAAACUAGGCAUCUUCCAACGACCAGAAGACUUUAACGUUGCUGUGGAGUAUCUAAAACCAUCAUUCCUGGUCAAAAAGGGUAACAGUGGUUAG